AUGCCUCAUACCAAUUUCAAACAAGCUACACCGCAACAAAUUCUUUCAAUGCUACACUUAUGGAUGACAAAACAUAUUUAUGGGGGUAUUACUCUUUAUGGGGCUGAUCGUUUGAUAAGGUUCAUAAUAGGAUUUAAAGCAAAGAACAUAGUAUCAAUUGAGGCAAUACAAUCAGGUGUAACAAAAGUGGUAUUCGAAUAUAAUAGUUAUUAUUCAGCCGGCCAAUACAUGUUUAUCAAUAUUCCAAAUUUAAAUCCUCCUUUGUCCUGGUUCACCUGGCAUCCUAUUUCUUUUUCAUCAUCAGAAAGUGUUCAAGACGUGGGUGAUACCCAUAAAGCAAGUUUUCAUAUGAAGUGUCUAGGUGGAUUCACAAAACAACUAUAUGCUGGAGCACAAGAAGGUAACGAGUACGGUAAAGCAAAAUUGAAGUUAAGAGUAGAUGGUCCCUAUGGAAAAGUGUCGAUUGAUUUUAUACGGUAUAGAACCGUCAUAUUGAUUGGUUCUGGAAUAGGCGUUACUCCAAUGAUGAGCAUACUAAAAGAUUUGGUUGAUAGACAAGUUUCGAGUAUGCCAAUCACAACUCAAGCUAUCUAUUUCUAUUGGAUUAUACCUGAUAUAGCCAAAGCAUUGCCCUCAAAUAAAUAUCUUCUUGACCUAAAAAUAUUUUUAACAAGAUCAACUACAACACCUUCCUCGAUCUUCUUUCAAGGUAGACCCAACUUUGAUGUUAUACUCAGCGACGUCAAAACAUAUCAUGGUUCUGGUGAUAUUGCCGUUGGAGUUUGUGGUCCUGGACCUAUGAGAACACAAAAUGAAAUCAAUAGUAGUGUUAAUAUUGGUAAAAUCAUUAAAAAAAUACUACACCAAUUUCGAAAAAUUCCAGAAAAUGAUAUCAUUGAAAAAACUAUAUACUAG